UAUAAUUUUUUAAUUUUUAGUUUGGCUAAUGCGGUUUAUUUAAUAAACCAAAUACUUGAUCAAGUUAAAAAGGAGGUUAAUGUUGUGGUAAUGUAUGAUAUUGCAUGCAUGCUUGUUAAACAUCUUAAAAAACGAGGAAGUAAUAUCCUUGAUAAGAAUGUCUCUUUUUGUAUUCCUUCUUUUCAUAUAUAUGGUCAUAGAUCAGCUUUAAAAUAUUCCCCUAAAUCAACUGUUGGUAUAGGUAUUUCACAUGGUGAAGUUAUGGAGCGUCUUUGGUCUGCCCUUAGAAGAUUUUCAAAAAUCACUAAAGAGCAAACACCAAGUCAUAGAGCUGAUAAUCUUACACUGGGUUUACUUCAUUAUGCACAAUAUUCGAUUAAUUCAAUAAGUAGAAGACUAUGUGCUCGAAUCGACAAAGCUGUACAAAUUAAAGAUACUACUGAUAUUGAACUUGAAAAAACACUUAAGUCUAUUGGCGUUCUACAAAGAGAGGUUAUUCAAUCUUGGAUUGCAGCAGAAAUUGAUAUGGAAGACUGUGGAAAUCAAAAAAAUAAUAAAGAAAGCGAUCUUGAAUGCUAUGUUUUAAUUUUGAAUGAUUGGUGGAAGUUAAGAUUUGUGUGUUAUAUCAGGCUUGAAAGAGAACUCAGUAUUAAAGAGAAGAAAUUAAAAAUAAAUACUCGGUGGGAUCCAAUCAAUGCUUUUUUUAAGGACACCUUAGCAACUGUCUUUGAAAGAAAAAUGAAUAAUAUUAUGCUAAAAAUGCAAUCUUUUGCAUUUCAAAAGUUAUUUCUUGGUAAUUUUAAAAAAAAAUACGCAGACGGCCAGAAAAUUGCUAUAAAGCUUACUAAGCAGCUGAAUAAAAAUAAUAAGAGUUUGCAAGAUCUAAUCAACGAGUAUAAUUCUAUAGUUUUAAUUUAUCCCAGGAAGUUUUUACAAAAUGUAGUUGUUUGGGACAAGGUUGGUGAUUUGGAGAGUGUUUUUUGGAAAAAUUAUUUGACACAAAAAAGUUCCGAUUUCGCCAUUCCCGUAACAGUUGAACGAAAGUGUAUUGAGUUGUUUCAAUUGAACUGUAGAGCUAUCGAAGAAAUCGAAAUGGUUAAAAGCGAAAUGAAAAACGUAUUAAGUUUUAACCAAACUAAAAUAAAUGAAUUUAAGGAAGCUCUCGUAUUACUUGAAGAUAAUACUGAAGAUAAUGGGUGGAAAGCUAGAUUACUGAAUGAAAUAGAUGCUUUAACUUUUAAAACCAAUUGUUUUUCUGAGGAUUUUUGUCCUUAUCUUAAUUCGGAUACUUCAAGUGAAAUAAAGACUCUGUUGUUAAGCGACUUUGAAGAUGAAUUAAGUAGUGAUCGGAUGAUAGUGAUUUAGAAUUUGAAUAAAUGUUUACCAUUAUAAAAAAAUAUACUUUACAUAACACCGCGGGUGCCAAGCGGUGAUGACCUGCACAGUUUUAUAGCAAUAAAUUAUUUUUUUUUUUGUUUAAAUCUAUUUCUGUAUUAAUAACAACAUUUUCAUUUUAUUAAUUAUCACCCUGCAAAUUAAUAUGUUCCGGGAUCCCUGCAA